AUGAUGAACCACGCCAGAGUCAAGGCCCUUAAGGGCAACGGCAAGACGACGUCCAAAAAAGCAGUCAAAUCUGGUCGCGCUUCGGGCAAUAUCACGCCAAGAAGCUCUCCCUUGCCUUCUCUUUUGACAUCACCAACACACUCUGCGGCACACAGCCGCGUAACUUCAGAUGUCAGCGACAGCGAAGAAGAUGGCGAUUUUGAGUUUGACGACAUGAUGUCAAGUGUUCACUCUGGAGGUUCCGGAGCACUUACUCCCGACGAAGGCGCAACUACGUUUGACGCCCAGGCGUUGAUCGACGGGUUGCAGGACAAGAAGCACAACAACAAUGAGGUUCGCGAGCAGUUUCUCGAAGUUUACCUCAGAGCCCUGCGCAACAAAUACAACUCCGAAACUCACAUUUGGUUGGACCCCGCUGCCGCCGAGCUGGUCGAGGUGUUCCUCAAGGAUGCAGAUCGCGCGCCAACCGCCCGGGAGAGGCUUCUCAGCCUGCAGGCCUUCUGCUUGACAGUAGGGACAACCGAGGAACUGGAGAUUUUCGAAGGCGCCGAACGGGCACUUAAGCAAAUUCUUGUGGAUGACGACGACGACCAGUGCAAAGUGUAUGCGAUUUAUGCGCUCUGCAUGACUGUGCUCUAUGCGGGAGGCUUGGAAGAAUCUGCCCUGGAGAUCAUGCAGUAUCUCAUCGACAUUGUUCAGAGCGACGGAGAAAGCAUUGAAUCACAUGACAACGCCGCAGUCGUAUCUGCUGCCAUUGUCGGUUGGUCAUUUGUUGCCGGCCACGUUGAUGACUUUUCGGAUUAUGCGGAUGCCGCCAUGGACGCCUUUGUGGACCAACUCGAUAGCUCCGACACCGAAAUUCAGUGCAAUGCAGGACAAGCUAUUGCCCUCAUUUUUGAGUCGUCACGAAUGCACGAACAAGAAACUGGCGAGCCAUUCCAGCUGCCGUACGAUCCACAACGCUUGAUUGGUCGCAUCAGCGAACUAGCAAAACUCAGCACCAAGUCUGUGUCACGAAAGGCUCGGCGUGACCUGCGUGAGAGCCUUGUUAGCGUCGUGACAUCUCUAGAACGAGGCGUCGGCCCGUACUACUCGACUGCGCUCUUUAUUCCAGAGAAAGACUCGUAUGUGCCACCUUCGCAGCGGACGGAUGACGGGCAAGCCGAGUAUGGCUACAGAUGUCGCCUUCGCCUUGGCAACCACAGCACCCGAAUCGAUACAUGGUCGCUCUUCUCCCGGGUCAACAUGAUGAAGAUUCUCUUCCGGGGUGGCCUGCAACACCAUGUUUUUGUCAACCCUGUUGUCAUGGAGUGUCUGGAAGAUGCACAUUGGGGGGAGGAGCAAGCUUCAGCUGCGGAACAUGGCGGCAGUGGCAAGCCUUCCAAGGGACGCAAACGAUGA